AUGGUUCAGGUCGCUAAACGGAAGAAAGGAAGGCCGUCGAAGGCGGAUCUAGCUCGCCGUGCCGCCGAAGCUCAAGCCUCCGCAACGGAAUCCGAUUCCCGCCGUAGCCUCCGCCGCAAGAACGUCAGGUACAACAUAAUCGACUACGACGGCGAUUACAUCGACGACGAAGAAGAUGAGAGGAGGAGAGAGAAGAAGAAGCUCAAAUUGAUGACGAAGCUACACCAAGGUGAACAAGAGCAAGAAUCUGAAGAUCACGCGCCAACGGAAGAAGAAGAAGAGUGCAAUGAAAUUGAAGGAGAAGUAGAGAAUGAAGAAGAAGAAGAAGAAAAAGAAAAGCAUGAAGAAGAUGCUGUGAUAAAGGGAACAAAAGUGGAUUCAAAAGGGCUCCACUCAAUUUCUGUUUCAGGUUUGUUUAAUCUUUUAUUGAUAGGAACUCCGGCGAAUUAUCUGCAUGGGAUUCCGUUGCCUGAUAGGAAGAUAUUGGAAUUGAUUCUCGACAAGCUUCAGAAGAAGGACAUAUAUGGCGUGUUUGCGGAGCCAGUUGAUCCAGAAGAGCUUCCUGAUUACCACGAUGUCAUUGAGCAUCCCAUGGAUUUCACCACGGCGAGAAAGAAGUUGGCGAAUGGAUCUUAUCCUACCUUAGAACAAUUUGAGAGUGAUAUAUUUUUAAUUUGCUCAAAUGCAAUGCAAUACAAUGCACCGGAGACUGUAUACCACAGACAGGCACGAACAAUACAAGAACUUGGCCGGAAGAAGUUUGAAAAGUUAAGGAUUAAAUUCGAACGUACUCAGGUUGAGCCAAAAUCAGAACAGAAAACACAGUCUAGUUCUUCGGUUAAGAAGUCAUUGAAAAAGCCACCGGGUUGGGCCUCACAAGAAUCUGUUGUCUUUGAUUCAUCCUAUGGAGAUGUACAACCAACUUCCUAUCCAAUGCAAGGUGGUAGUAGCUGUGAGAGGCCUGGCACCAUUGAUGGUAUUGUGGAGGGGAAUGCUUUCUUUAUUGAUGCAAAUCACGAUAAAGCUGAAGAUGUUUUAUCAGGGAAGAAUAUUCUCUCUAAGAUGGGAAGGAAGUCAUUUGUGCUUGACGAGAAUCGUCGUGGAUCUUAUAAUACGUCUAAUCAACUAACCACUAGACCUGAUUCAAUAUGUAUGACCUUUGAGAGUGGAAUGAGGCAGCUGGUUACUGUUGGCGUCCAUGCUGAAUAUUCCUAUACUAGGAGUUUGGCUCGUUUUAGUGCAUCUCUAGGACCCAUUGUUUGGAAAAUUGCUUCCCAAAGGAUUCAACAGGCACUUCCCGCCGACUGUAAAUUUGGUCGUGGCUGGGUUGGAGAGUAUGAACCGAUUCCAACCCCAAUAUUUAAGCUUGCUAAUCAUCUACAGAAGGAAACUAGUUUGAUUUCAAAGUCGAAUGAUGACAAAAAUUGUAAGGACGAGGAACCUAAAACUGAACAUCCUGUAAAUGGAUGGAUGGUUGAGGGAAAGCAAUUUUCAGAUUGUCCUGCCAGUGGGCCUGCAUUAGAAGGAAAUCCUUCUAUUGGUUCCGCUGGAGUGAAGCCCAAUGCUUCUCCUCCCAACAUCCCAAAUCAGCAGAAUUCCCAUUCUAGGAAUUUAGGCAUACCUGAGAAUAAGAGUUUGAAGAAAGUGGAGCUGGAAUCUUUACCCUCAAGUAAUCAAAAUAAUUCCAGUCUAGUUGCUAAGUUUGGAAAUAAUACUCCUAUAACAGAGUCUAAGACCAAAGAGAUGGCGCCUAGGAACUUGAAAACUUUGCGAUCUACAAAUUUCAAGCAGCCAGAUACUAAUGAAGUUGUCGGUGGAGACUUGCCUGAUGCGAAAGUCAUGAAUACAAGCUUGAAUAAUCGGUCAACCCAUCCAUCAUCAGAUAGUACCUCAAACCAAACAACCAGAGCAGAUCCUUUUCUUUUCUGUGGGCAAGAGCAGGGUUUUAGUGAUCCAGCUAAGUCAAUAAGAACGUUCAAAGAAGAGGCUCAAAAGCCGCAGACUUCUCACCAUUCACCAGUUGAUACUCUUCCGCAAAUACCAUCAGCUCCAUCUGCGCUAAGAGAUGCCUCAGGCAAUGCUUCAGCAGCAGCUGCUCAGACAUGGAUGUCUGCAGGGGCAGGAGGGUUUAAACUAGGACCUGAGAAUUCUGGUUCAUCCAAAAAUCAGAUUUCUGCAGAUUCUCUUCACAACUCAACAAGAGAGUUCCAUCAGCAUAUUUCUCGAAUUCAGGGAGAGUUUCCUUCCGGUGGAAUGUCUUUCCAGUCUAAUAAGAACAAUUUUCCAUUUCAUUCCCCUAGACCUCAACCUAGUCAUGUAGAUGCCGUUUCGCAGUUUCCCAAGCGGCCUAUGGUUAUCCCACAAUCAGCAUCCGCAGACCAAUCUAGAUUUCAAAUGCAGACCUCUUGGCAGGGUCUCAGUCCUCAAAGCCAACCAAGGCAGAAACAGGAAACUCUUCCGCCUGACUUGAAUAUUGAUUGUCAAUCUCCAGGGUCACCUGCAAAACAAUCUUCUGGUGCCGUUGAUUCACAGCAACCAGACCUAGCUUUGCAACUAUGA